UCCCCCAACUGUCACCCCCAGAAUUCCAUGCCAGGAGCUCCCAAGGCUGGGGAGCCCUGUCCGUUGGAGUUCCCUUUCAGCUGCACCCGCUACAGGACUCCAGCGCUGAGGAAGCAUCAUUCAGGCAUCAUGGCUUUGUUAACUGAUGCUGAUAAGAAGAGUAUCCACCACAUCUGGUCAAAGUUAUUUGAGAAUCCAGAAGAGAAUGGCAAAAUAAUUGUCAUCAGACUCUUCAAAGAUUAUCCUGAGACAAAAGCAUACUUCAAGAGCAUCCCGACUGAAGGCAACCUGCAGGAGGACCCGCAGAUACGUUACCAUGGGCGGAGAGUCAUGGUUGCUCUCAACCAGGUGAUUGAAAACCUCGACAACUGGAAACAGGCCUGCAGGAUUCUGGAGCAUGUAGCAGAGAAGCACAAGAAUACGCACCACGUCCCAGCAGCGAAUUUCCAGAGCAUGUUUCAGGUGAUCCUGAGUGUUUGCAAAGAGCUCAUGGGAAAUGAAUUCAGCAGCGAGGUGUCCAGCGCUUGGGAGAAGCUCUUCCGUCUGCUCUUUGAACAAAUAAAUACAUCUUAUGCAAACGCUUCCAAGUCCUGAAGAGUCAUGCAUGGCUCUGGAAGCAAGGAGACUGGUCUCUUGGUACUGCCCAUGUGGUUACACAGAUACAUUCUAUAUGGAAAUAGUGCUCAGUGUAAUGGAAUAAAGGAGGACUC